GUAACUGUCUUAACAAAACUUUCUUACAGGUCCACUGAAGAAAUGUUUAGUAUGGCUGAUGAAAGCUGCAGCUCCAAUCCUGCAGUGGUUCGGAGGAAAAAAAUUGCAAUCAGCAUAAUCUUUUCUCUACCUAACAAAGAAGAAGCACAGAGAAACUUUCAGGAUUUCUUUUUCUCACACUUUCCUCUUUUUGAAUCUCACAUGAACAAGCUGAAAUAUGCAAUAGAAAAGGCCAUGAUAUCGUGUAGAAAAAUAGCAGAAUCCAGCCAAAGAGUGCAGGUUUAUAUCAGCCGUGUCAUGGAUGCCCUGGGAGAAUUCAGAGUUACCAUCUGGAACCUGUAUUCUGUUCCAAGGAUUGCAGAGCCUGUGUGGCUUAAUAUGACAUCUAGCACCAUGGAAAAGAAUCAGCUAUGCCAGCGUUUUCUUAAAGAAUUUACAUUUCUGAUAGAACAGAUCAACAAAAAUCAGUUUUUUGCAGCUUUGUUAACUGCGGUGCUGACAUACCAUCUGGCUUGGGUCCCAACAGUAAUGCCGGUUGACCAUCCUCCCAUAAAGGCCUUCUCUGAGAAGCGCACAUCACAGUCUGUGAACAUGCUGGAAAAAUCCCAUCCAUAUAACCCUCUCUGGGCACAGCUCGGUGACCUCUACGGUGCUAUAGGCUCUCCAGUUAGAUUAACUCGAACUGUUAUUGUUGGGAAACGCAAGGAGCUGGUGCAGAGCUUGCUCUAUGUUCUGACUUACUUUAUUCGGUGCUCUGAGCUGCAGGAAAAUCAGCUGACAUGGAGUGGGAAGGCUGGAGAAGGAGAGCAAGUUCUAAAUGGAAGCAAGAUCACAACUGCAUUAGAAAAGGGAGAGGUAGAGGAGUCUGAUUAUGUUGUUGUCACUGUUAAAAAUGAACCCGCUCUUGUGCCUCCAAUCCUACCUCCAAAGAAUGAUGGAAGUAAGAAUAAUUGUAUUGCAGAGUGGGUACGUGACCCAGAAAGUACAGAUGCAGUCCCGACCUCUUCAGAAGAGAAGAGAGAAGCAAUAGGAAAGACCAGUCAGAACUCUCAAGUGUCUGUUGACUGUCUAACUAGCAGUUUCCACAAAGGAACAGCUGACGGUAGGAAAACAACUGUCACUGAUAGAGGAAUUGUAUCCUACCAGUUUGAAGAGCGAUCUAAACUGGAAGAUUUAGUGGAUAUAAAGAAGAGCAAGAACCAGAAUGAGAGAAAAAUAGAGAAGCAAUUGUCUAGUAGGUCAUCUGCCUUACCUUGUCCUGAAAGAUCUAGUCACAGGAGUUCACACUUGGAAAAAGUCACCUUUCAUAUUGGGAGCUCUGCAUCACCAGAGUCAGACUUAGAAACUCGCAGAAGAGAAAUGGAAGAAAAUCUGAAGGCAUUUGGAAAAAAUCCAGAGGUGAUUCAUUGUGCCUCAAGUUCCAUAAGUCUGAGUGUUGAUUCUGCUUCCCAGAAUCAAAAAGAAAGUUGUGAAGCUGCCUUUAUACCCUUUGGUAAACAUAAUGUUUGUUAUGCACAUGUCUCACCUUGUGAGGGGAAGGGGAGUGUACUUAAUGAACAUAUGAAAAGUAAAGGAACUGAAAUGAAUUUAGUGAACACAGUAUCUAGUGAACCACUUUUUCCCACAGAUAACAUAGAAAUUGCAAAAUUGCCAAGCUUGAAAGAAACUAGAGCUUUAUGCUCUAGCAGUCUGGACAAUCUGGAGAAUUACUCCCCUGGCUGCAUAGAAGUAGGUGCUAAAGAUGUCCCCUAUGGGGAUGCUGGAAGGAAAAUCCCCUUCAGAGCUGAAGGGGACAUUCCAAGGAACGAGAGUUCAGACAGUGCUCUUGGAGCCAGUGAUGAAGAAGGUGAUUGUUGUAUGCCUGAUGAAAUGCAUCUUGAUAAUGUCAGCAGAAGACAUGAAGAGUUUGCAGAAGUGGAACUUCCUUUACCAAGGUCACAUACAAUCAGCAGUCAAUGUGUGAAAAACUUUGGAAGAUCACUUCUAGGUGGUUACUGUCAUACGUAUAUACCUGAUUUGGUGCUGCAUGGAAUAAGCAAUGAUGAAAAACUCAAGCAGUGUCUACUGUCAGACCUACUUCAUGCAAUGCAUCAUCCAGUGCUAGAUGAGCCCAUAGCAGAAGCUGUCUGCAUUAUUGCAGACACAGAUAAAUGGAAUGUGCAAAUAGCUACAAGCCAGAAAAAGAUGAUGGACAAUAUGAAGUUAGGCAAAGAUGUUUUGGUUUCGAGUCAAGUAUCCAGUUUAUUGCAGUCUGUUUUGCAGCUUUACAAACUCAAUGUCCCAGCUGACUUUUGCAUAAUGCAUCUUGAGGAUAGACUACAAGAGAUGUAUCUCAAAAGCAAAAUGCUUUCAGAGUAUCUACGAGGACAUACAAGAGUGCAUGUAAAAGAACUAGGAAUUGUGUUGGGGAUUGAAUCAAAUGACUUGCCUCUGUUGGCUGCUAUAGCAAGUACUUAUUCCCCAUAUGUUGCUCAAAUACUCCUAUAA